AAAAUUGUCACCCGAAAAAAAAUCGUAGAUGACACGUCGUUCAAAAAUACAUCAAGGGAUUUUUCGUUUUACCACAUAAUUCUUGCAUUUUUGUCGCUAUGAGACGAGCCCAUGGUGGUAUGUGAAUUCAGUUAAAUUUUCAACGUUAUCUUUACCUUAUUUUAGCUUUUUAUGUUUUUCUUUUUCGCUUCAGCUUCUGAUUAUCAAGGAAACAUGAGCCAACGAACAGACCAUCAAAUGCUUGAAGAGGAAAACGAUCGAAUAGUCGACCAUUUGUCAAGCAAAGUUCAGGCACUUAAAUCGGUAUCACAGAAAAAUUUCUUUGUACAAGCUUGCGUAUGCUUGUGUAUUUAUUAGUGCAAAUUAUAAUUGUGUUUCAAUUGCUGUUUCAGCAGCUGAAUUAUCCUCUUGAUUGUUUGUGUUAGUAAUUAUAAAAUAAGCUUAAGCUUACUUUUUGUGUCCACUUGUACAAGACACUCUAAAUUCAAGAUUUCUUAUUUUAAGAAAAAGUUUAAAACAGAUUAUAGAAUAAGAUUUAGUUCUCGUAAAUUCAAACUGCCUGUUUUUUGUUUACAGAAAAAAGAGUUCUUGUCCUAUGAUUUGUUCUAAAUUUUUGCGUAAAAUAAGAAAACUUUUUCUUAAGUUGAGAGAUUCAGAGCGAUCUCGAAUUUAGAGGGAGAAUUAAAAAAAAUGUGUCUCUCUCCUACUCAACGUAAAGUAGUCUAGCUCAUGCUGAUUUGAUCAUUAACCUCUGAAUUCUCCUGACAACAGCACUGCUAGAUCAAUCUUGAGUUUAGAGCUGUGACAAAAAAGGAAAUGCCCCAAAGAUGAAAUGAUUAGUCAAUUUCUCCUAGUAACUAAAGAAAUGUACAGAGAAUAGUGUGCAGAUUUUAUACUUGUUUAUAUUGGGUGAUAUUAUUUGUAAUUUAACGAAAACAGUAAUUACCAUUGAAGGAUGGAAGUAAACAAAGAUAAUUGUCUGUUUGUUCACAUCCACGGCAGGAUUAGCUCUGUCGGUAGAGUGGUGGACUGCAGAGUGGGAGGUCAUGGGUUUGAUUCCCGGGGCCGGACCAAUACUCGGGGUCUUAAAAUAACUGAGAAAUGAAGGUCCCUCGUCUGUGCUGCAAACAGCUUGACCUUUGCAUGGCUCGAAUGACAACAUAAAAUGGCGGUCCCGUCUCCAGUUGGAGAUGUAGAAAUAGUGUCCCCAGCUAGUACUUUUGUACUAAAUACAUUGACUUUCAGAUAAAGUGUAUUUUAUUUGUUUUUUUGUUCAUGAAUUGUGUGUCAGUGUAUAAUAUUGCUAGUUUGUCUUGUUUUCUAUGUUGCAGCUUACAAUAGACAUUGGACAUGAAGUAAAAUAUCAGAACAAAAUGCUUAGUGAAAUGGUAAGCUUGGCUUUUUCAGUAACUGGCAAAUUUGUGUUACACUGUAGAUACAGUGUAGUAUUCUCUGUCAUCAUGCUUACAACCUGACUCUCUAGAGCUGAAAUGGCUCUCAGAUUUUAAGAAUGUGAUGUAUUCAUUUUCUGCUGUCAUGUGGAAUCUAAAUCCUUAGAGAAGUUCCAAGGCAUAGCAUCCAAGCAGGGUAAUCUUGUUGAUCUUCUGAAAUUUCCAUAGAUAUGAUUUUUUGUGUCGUCGAAAUGGAACCUAUGCCUUUAGUUGUGUGUUCUUAAGAGAGGUCAGUUUGUGUGGAAAGUUAAUGGAUAUUGAAGUAUGUAAAGAGCAGCUGCGAACAAACACUUGGGGACGGGAGAGCACUUUGUGACUCAGGCCUGAAUGUAUGUGAAGUAGGCUGCAGAGAGACUGGGUCUGAAAAUUUCCAACCUGUUCUUACCAUGGGCUGCCUGUGGUAAUGUGUGAUAUGUUAGCUCAAAAUCAAAGAAAGAAGGACAUCAUGUAUGUGUGUGUUUUCUGCCCACAGGCAAGUCCCUUCUUUAUACUUUCUGAUCUAAAGCGCGCCUCUUGAUGCUAUGUAAGGGCCACCAUCCUUCACUCUAUUCAGCAUUCCUGCUCAAGGUCUUUCAAGUGGCUUCUUUCCUAUUAUUUUCCUUUCAAUAACUAAUGAGACAAGAUCCCCAUGCCGUAAGGUAUGACCAUGCCAGACUCUCUGUCUUCUGUUAAUAAUAUAUAUGAUGGCCCUCUCCUCACCAACAUGCCUCAAUGCUUCUUUGUUACAGACUUUGUCAGACCAAUAAAUGUUUAAGAACUUCCUCCAAAGCCACAUCUCACAGCUCUCCAUCCUUCACACAUCCUCUUUCUUGAAGGUCUACAAUUCGGUUCCAUAAAGAGCAGUCCUCCAUAUGACAGUCUUUUUAAUUCUCUUCUUUAGGCAAAGGCUGAAGGCUUAUGCCAGCAGUUCUUUUUUUUUUUUAGUAAAUGCAUGUAACAGGCGUGCAAAGUUUUUAUUUCUCUUAGUUCUUUAUUACAAUGGUUUGGUCACUUGUCUUGUUAACAUGAGAGCAGGUGUGACAAUAGCUUGUGAUACAAUUGAGCAAGUAACAUUUUUCCUUCAUUGUGGAGCAUGUAAUUAUGUACCUACUAACUGGUCAUUGUUUUUCGGAGGCCAUGAUGCUCAAAAAUGGAAAAAAAUAACCUUUGGCUUUGGCUCGAGGUUAGCUUGUGCUUGGGUGGUGGCCCUUGGUUUACUCGGGCUCAAGUUUGGCUCCUGAAAAUAUUCUCUUUUGACAGUGAUUUUUGAAAACAGUAUGUGACCCAGUGGAAAACUAUAGACUUGACAGUGGACAACUAGCUUCCCACAAAGACAUUCUUUUGGCUCGUCAUGCAAUCCUCCUCACGAGACAAACCCAUAAGAAUAUCUGUGUGGGAGGCUAGUCUACAACUUGAAGAACUGUGAUCAUAAUGGGUGUUACACCUGAGACUGUCCAUAUGAGUGGUCAUGUGAUGCUGUUCAACAGAGUCCCGAAGUGUGAUGUCAUAAAAAAAGUAAAUUUGGGAAACUAUGGGAUUUGUUGGAAUAUUUUGAGUUUUUGGCAAGUGGCCUUUUGGAUGUUGUUCUUUCAAAAUAUUCCAACAAAUCCCAUAAUUGUGUGCAAAUCAUCUCUCAGAUAUUAGUCCAGUUAUGCUCUGAUGUCUCCAUACAAAUCCUGCUUCUAAAUUUGACUUGGUUCAUAGGUUAAGAACAAAGGCAGGAGUUGAGUGUACAUUAGUCAGGUUGAAGGAAUAUUUGAGACACAUUUAGGGUAAUUUGUUGGGGCCGUUGGGAGCUCAGAGCAGGGAUAUUGACACUGCUUUGCUUAAAUUAAGUCUGUAAUGCAGUCUAAGUCUUACCUUGUUUUGUUGUGUUGCAUCAUGUUGGUGUUCUGUAAAGCCAAUAUUGAUUCAAAGUAUCAGCCUUCCUACUAUGUAUGUUAUCUCUAAUUACUGAACUCACUUUAGGAUCACACAUUCAAUUGUAAUGCUGAUGAGGGGCCAAGCCCGAAACGUUUGGAAAGGAACUGCAUCUGCAACACAGCACUUUUGUUCAUCAUUACUUGUUAUUGAACAUUUAGUUGUCAGCCUGAUAACUUGACGUUUUUCUCCCAAUGUGUUGUAGGACACAGAUUUUGAUUCUGGAGGCUCACUGUUAUCAGCAACAAUGGGAAGAUUAACAGCACUGACCAAGAAAGGCCAUCACAGAGUUAUGCUCUAUUUGAUUCUCUUUUGUUUGUUUGUUUUCUUUGUUGCGUGGUACAUUAUUAAGAGAAGGUGAAGAAAUUAAACGGAG